UGGAAUUGUCCGUCCGGGGUAUAAAAGAAGCUGCCAGGUACCGGCUAAGAUCGUAGUUCAAUCCAAACGUUCUUCAACACAGACCUCUCGGGGAAAAAUAAAAUCUAUUUUCACAAUGUUCAAAUUGGUGGUGUUGUCUGCGUUGCUGGCUGUGGUCGCGGCUCGUCCCGGAUAUCCGUUCGCCUAUCAUCAUGCCCCGAUCGCUUAUCACGCACCGGCCCUGAUCGCCAAGCCAGAGAUCUACUAUCAGAAGAGCAUCAUCGCUGAACCGGCCGUGGCCCACGUGGGAACCGUAGUGAAACAUAUUCCGACGGCUGUUUCCCACCAAAGCUCGACCGUGGUCCAUAGUGCGGCUAAAUUGGCCGAACCAAUCUACGCACCAACCCUGAAACAUACCGUCGUUUCGACCCCGAUUGUCAAAACUUCUUACCAUGCCAUCCCGGCUCUUCACUAUGCCGCUCCCGCGUACCAUUGGGGAGGUCAUCAUUACUAAGUGGAAGGAACCCCUUUAAAAUGCUCCCGUCAACUACCCAGCUCCUAGUGAUUGUGAUACCUAUCUAUUUUGUUGCGAAGACUACGAUCAAUCUGAUUAAUAGCUCAAGAUGAAGGAGAAAAAUACCUGAAAUUAGCGCGUGCAAUGCGUGCAACCUUAACCCCUACUCCAUUAGAUUGUUAAUGAAUGUUCAAAAAAAAAAAAGAAUUUGCAUUUCACCCAGGAUGAUGGUAUGAUUAAGUUGUUUGUUUGAUAUAUCGUCAUCGAUCAAACUGCUAUUGUUCAUUGGUGCAAGUAAUGAAAGAUUAGUAGUUUGAUGGGGAAAAACCUGUUGAGAUGUGAAAAAAUAGAACCAAAAACUUUAAGAGCUGUGUUUUAAGUGACAAUUGUGAAAACCCAAUUCCUUGCUUGUGGUGCCCAAAUAAUGAUGUUUUAUCACCAAUUGAACUGGAAACGGAUCUUUCUAAGACCAAAUUGAUUGAUAAAAAAUCGACUAUUUAUAACAAGGGUUUUCAAAGUGAUCCCAACCGCCCUCUUGGGAGCGUUAGUAACUUCUACGGGGGCGAUGAGCUCAAUUUUAAAUUUGGGGGGCGUUGGAAGGGCUCAGGGGGCGGUGG